AUGCUCACAGGCACUUUGAAUGUGUUGGAGAAGUCUGCCGAGAUGCUCUUUGGUCACCAAAAUACGGUGAAGCAGAAUCUGGACACCACAGUCGCAGGGAUAGACGAACGUCCUGAUUUCCUGGAAACACUCGAUUCUGUCAGGAACAAAGGGGGAGACCUUGUCAAGCAAGCCAAGCAUCUUACCACAAACGACUCGAAUUUCCAAUGUGAUACAUUUCAGAAACUACAAGACGCUAUGAUGGCAAGGAAGGAAGAACAGUCAGAGCAGAUUGAAAUGGUUCACAAGCAAAGAAAGCAGAAAGAACAAUCGGUCAAGAUAACGCAGUUCAGGCAAAGCCAGAGACUGUGA